AUGGCAGGAUCAAGCUCAAAACGACCAUUAAGGUCACCAGACGCAGACGACAGCGGCUCAGAUGAGCGCGCAGAGGUGGUCAAGCGUGUCAAGCGCGAAAGGAUGGAGAAUGCUGGCCGCCGUUCUUCGCCACCGCCACCGGAGGACGACGAGUCUGAGGACGAAGACAUGUCAGAGGAUGAUACCGACUCGGAUAUGGACCCCGAAGGCUACCUCGAGGCAUUCCGACGGUCCAAGGAGCUGCAGAAGCAGGAGCGCAAGAAGGGGCAGGGGCAUGAAGCACCCACCGCUGGCACUCUGAAAUCCCUCCACCUCGUGAACUUCAUGUCCCACGGCAACACAAUUGUCACUUUCGCCUCGAAGCUCAACUUUCUAGUUGGUGCCAACGGCAGUGGCAAGUCCGCCAUUCUCACUGGUAUUGCCGUUGUCUUUGGUGCCAAGGCCAGUGUGACCGGGCGUGGUCAGGGCGUCAAGGACCUGAUCAUGCGAGGCAAGGACAAAGCUUCCAUCAAAGUGGUCAUCGACAACAGAGGCAAAGGUGCCUACAAGCCCAACGUCUAUGGCGACAGCAUUACCAUCGAGCGCACUAUCCACUCGUCUGGUGCCUCUGGGUACACUUUCAAGUCUUCCAGCGGCAACAUUAUCGAGCGCAAACGUGAAGCAUUGGUCAACAUGCUUGACCACUUUGUGAUGGAUAUUGAUUCGCCUCUCACAAUCCUCACACAAGACAACGCGAAAACAUUCCUCGCAGCAUCAAACGAGCGAAGCCUUUACGCGUUCUUCCUGAACGGCACACAACUGGCUCCCCUCACGGCAGUGUAUGAUAAAAUCAAGGAAGACGUCAAAUCAAUCGGGCAAGAUGUGAUUCGUGCGAACGACGUGAUCCCCGAUCUGGAAGCCAAGGAGAAGAGUCUGAGGCGCCAAAUGGAGGCUGCCAAGAAAGUCUCGGAGCUUAAGAAGGAGGAGUACAACCUCCAGCGCCAAAUUGCCUGGGCAUACGUUGCCGGCAAGGAGCAGGAAUGCGAAAACGUCCGCAACGACGUCGCCCAGAGCAAAGCGAAGAUCGAAAAGAUCGACGAGACGGUUAGCGAGAAGCAGGGUUUGCGCUCGGAUGCUGAGCGCAAGAUGGAGAGAAUCCGAGAGGAAGUCGAAGAGACGAUACAACAGCGAGAGCCCUUGAAGCUCCAGCUCAAGCAAGCAAAGGAGGCCGCACAUGCGGCGAGAAAAGACUCGGAGGCCAACAAGAACUCGAUGGCCGACUGCCAGGAGGAACUUGACAGCGCUGAGCGAGAGGUACAGGAGCUGGCGCGCCAGAUUGCCGCGGCAUCAGGCGAUCAAGGACAGAACGCUCAAGAGGCCGAACUGCGGAAAAAGAAGGAAGGUGCGGAGAAGGCCUUGCGCAACAUGUCGGACCAGCUUCCGAAAGUCGAGCGAGACGUGGCAACGGGCAAGGAAGUCCUGGAAACCCGUCAGAGGGAGGCCGCCUCCUUGAACAACCGACGCGACGCGCUGUCGCUUGACCUGGACCGUGGGAAGCGACAGCUCGAGUCUCUUCAGCAGAGUUCCACCAACCGCCUGGCACGCUAUGGAAACCGCCUCGACAUCGUUCUGGAGGCCAUUAAGAAGGUCAAAUGGCGCCACUCUCCGCCCAUCGGGCCGAUUGGGCAAUAUGUUCAUCUCCACGAGAAUGACUUCAAGUACCGCGACGUUCUUCAAGGUGUUAUGGGCUCUUUCCUUUGCUCCUUUGCUGUUCGACAUGACGACGACAAGGUGACGUUGAUGCGUAUUCUCAGCGACGCUGCCAAACGGGGGUAUGAACCAUUAGGAAGGAGAGGUCAGGUCCCGCCUAUUUUGAAGCAUGCUGGCGACGUGUUCAACUACUCGCAAGGCGAUUUGUCCAACAGGACGACGACGAUUGACAACGAACAUGUCCUCCGCAUCUUGAUCGACAGGUUUCACAUCGAGAGGCUGGUGCUUGCGCCAACACGGGCCGAAGGCCUCGAUGAAAUCAAGCGACUGUUGAGCCAAGGCCUGUCUGAGGUCCAGUUACUGAGUGCCGAUUGCACGCAGCAGGUUGGACGCCAAGGGAACCUCUUCCAGUCGUCACCCGUGUCGCUAUGGGGAGGUUCAUCUCUCUUUAUCAAAGAUGUCGCGAGUGAAAUCACCUCUUUGAGCCAACAAGUGGCAACGAUAAAGGACGCGCAUGUCGAUGCCGUCGCAAAGUGCCGAGAACAAGCCGCGGGCAUCAGUGCGGCUGAGAAUGCGCUGGCUGAGAAGAAUCGUUCUCUGGAGCGUAUUGAAAAAGGCCUGCGCGACCUCCGACGUGUCCGAGAUUCACUCAAUGAGCAGUUGGCUGAUCUCGCUCCUGUCGAGGGCAAUGCCUUGUUAUUCACGAAGCAGGCUCGUGAAGAAGCUGUUACGAAUCUGAAGCAGGAGCUUGAAGUGCUUCGAGACAAGCAAAAGCAAAGUGAUGUUGCGCACGCUGAGGCCAUCAAAGUCGCCGAUGAGGCCGAAGAACGUUGGCAUGCAUCUGAGCCGCAGUUGCAACAGAGCAAGCACACGCUGCAGUUGCUGCACUUAAAGUGUGCAGAGCACAAGACCGCCGAAGAUCACUACAAACGGAGCCGUGCCCAAACGGAGCGGCAGCUCAACGAGCUUCAGCAGAAGUUGGAUAAGGUUGAAGAGGAGGUUGUCGACUGGACCCAGCGUGCCGAGGACAAGUGGGCGCGUGUGGAAGUCACCCAAAGUCCGGAAGAAUUGCAGGCGCGACGAGCCGUCCUUGCGAAUCGGAUCCGUGACGCCGAAAAGAACGAUAACAUCAACGUGGAUGAGAUUACGGUCAAAUACAAUGAAGCCCGCGCCAAUGCCGAAGAGCAAAAGGCGAAGAUUAGGAACUUCGAAGGGCUGGUCACGCAUCUGAGGAAUGUGAUUGCGACGCGCCAUAAAACCUGGGAGGUACUGCGCUCCCUGACUUCGGUCCGCGCCGCCGCAGCUUUCACACACAACAUGGGCAAGCGUGGCUACAAUGGCAAGAUCACCUUUGAACAUGAGGCGGAGAGGCUAGUGAUCGCUGUCCAAACAGGCACCCAAGCUGAACGCUCUCACGCCGCGGCGCCACUGGCCUACAAGCCGAUCACGUCUCUGUCUGGUGGCGAGAAGUCGUACACCACUGUCAGCCUUCUAUUGGCCUUGUGGGAGACGUCACCGACUGCCAUCCGCUGCCUUGAUGAGUGGGAUGUGUUCAUGGACAUGAUGAACCGACAGCUCGCUGCAAAGCUUCUGAUUGAGGGAGCCCGUGAAGCCACGUCAAAGCAGUUCCUCCUGAUCACACCGCAGACGCUCUCUGGUGUGCCUUCAAACAUGGGGCCCGACAGCAAGAUUAUCCAGCUCAAGGACCCGGAGCGUGGGCAGACGACUCUGGUGUGAUCGAGGUGGUCUUUCGGCGAGUGAGCAGGGCCGGUAUGUCGAGUGAGCAGGGCCAGUAUGUAUGACAUGGGGUUG